AUGUACACUGAUCAUCAGGGCACUGAUGAUCAGUGUAGCCCCAGCAGUGCCACCUGUCAGUGUCCAUCAAUGCCAGCUGUCAGUGCCCAUCAGUGCCUCAUCACAGUGCACAUCAAUGCCACAUAUCAGUGCCUAUCUGAUCUGCCUUUCAGUGCCCCCUAUCAGUGCCAGUCAGUGCCACCUAUCAAUGCCAUAUAUGAGUGCUGCCUUUCAGUGCCCAUCAGUGAUGCCUGUCAAUGCCCAUCAGUGCCACCUACCAGUGCCUCCUCAUCAGUGCCACCUAUCAGUGCCCAUCACUGCAGCCUCAUUAGCGCACAUCAGUGAAGGAGAAAAAUCACUUAUGUACAACAUUUUAUAA